GUUGGCAGAAACAAUAUUCUUCGACGUGGUAUAUUCUAGCCUCUACAACUUAAUCAGGUAGUGAAAUUACCACGACAGCCGUUAUUCUGCUAGAUGCAUUGUUGAACCGGGACCUACGAGAUCACGCUCAUACUCUGAGCUGAGGUGCUGCACAACCUGUGCAGUGCCUUCAUACCUGCACUCACCCUGUUCUUCGAUCCAAGCGACACCCUCGGCAUAUUACCCAUCUCACCAUGAGUCUCUUCGGGUCUACGACCGCGAAUCAGUCGCAACCUGCAAGCACCGGCUUGUUUUCCUUCAACACAGCCUCAGCAAAUCAGCCGACGAGCCAGUCGUCUUUAUUUGGGCAGUCGCAGCAGCAAGGCCAGCAACAACAACAGCAGCAGCAGCAAACCAAUGUUCCCAAAUUCAGCUUCGGUGCUCCCGCGUCGCAGCCUGCACAAACCGGAGGUCUAUUUGGUACUUCCACACAGGCGCAACAGAGCGGAGGAAUAUUUGGUACAGCGCAACCUCAACAACAAACAGGGGGACUUUUUGGUUCUGCGCAGCCUCAGCAGACAGGGGGUUUGUUCGGGACUUCAACGCAACAACAGCAAGGCACUCUCGGCUUAUCGCAGUCACAGCAGCAGCAGCAACAACAGCAGCCUCAACAGAGACCCCUUGACCAGACACUGCGUUUCGGUUCAUCCCAAGCACAGGGACAACCUACGUCUCAACUGUGGGAGGAAGGGCGGGGCCUGAACGUAUUCAGGUCGAUCCCCGCGCAAAUGAACAUCGUGAAAAACAAAUGGGAUCCUCAGAACUUGUCAUCACCCUUGCGAACUUACCUCUAUAAACACGUUGAGAGUGAGACCGAGGCCUUGAAAUACAGACCUGGCCCGGGUGAGGACGAAGACAAAUGGGAGGAAGCUCUAUCGAAACGACCGGGUCCAGACUGGGUACCUCUGCUCGUGCAAGGCUUCUUCCAAUUGGGUAGGAAGGCUCAAAUACAAAUGGAGGCUAUUCAGAGAUGCAACUUGAUGCUCCAAGAAAUCAACACCUCCCUCGACAUUCAGCUCGAUAAACACCGCCAAAACGUCGCUACCCGGCUCGAAGAAUGCAAACGCAGACAGGCUGCAACAGCUCAGCGAACUCUUGCAUUGGCUGUGAAGGUCCAAAUCCUGCGAAACAGAGGUUAUGUCAUGGACAACGCGGAAGAAGAGUUGAAGUCUAGGUUGGAAAAGUUGCAACGAGAUGUCUUUGACCCGAGCCUGGAGGCCAGAGAGCAGGAGAUCUGGGCCCGCAUGUUGGGCAUUCGAGAGCGAACCAAAAGGUUGAAGAUGGAGAUGGACAGAAUUGCACCUUCGGCGAAUGAGGAAGACUCCACGCUUGAUGAAGAAACGAUCAAAGCUGCCAAAAAGACACUAGAGGCAUACGACAUACAAUUGCGACACUUGCAGAAGGAAUUGGACCUUGUACAACAGGAGUUUGCCGACUGGGAAAAGAUAAACAGAGACAGAGACAACGACGCGCCACGACGUAGGUGAGCUACUGGGCCUACUAUCCGGAAGCGCUGUUUUUGGAUGGAGUUCAAAGCAAUGACGAAGGAUGCAGGUCUUGCAUAGCACCGAGUGAUUGUGACAUUGUCCAAUGAUGAAUUGAGAAUUGUGAGAAAAGUUUUAAUCACACCGCAGUAAAGCAAGACUCGCAGCUGCUGAAUCUGCGUUAGCAGCCUGCUGUGCCCAUAGUAGUGUACAGGAUAUCACAAGAAGAAUCCGCAUUUUUCCACAUCA